AUGGCGCCACCAGCGGAGAACGUUGAGAGGCUUAUUUGUAUGGCGGUCUUCUGUGACUUUAGUCGUCUGCGAGUCCCCGAUUUAAAAAAAUAUUUAACUGAUCGUCGUAUACCAUGUGCUGGGAAGAAGAAAAAUGAGUUGGUUGAAUUGGCACAAAAAGCAAGCGGUAUAUACGAUGUUAUUGAAGACUGUGAUCAUGAUGAAUCAGAGAGGAAACGCCGGCGGGUGUUAAAUGAUGACGGGACUGUUGCUGUUGACCUGAAUGGUAAACAAGUGGUGUGGACACGAACACUUCAUUGUCUCCCGAAAGUUGCGCUUGGUGACGUGUUUGCGUAUUUAAUAAAAAACUGCGAGUGGACACCGGAACGACUGACAAAAUAUAAACACGACGAUGGGUAUCUUAUGUUUAAGGAUAACCAUGUAGAGGACGUUCUUUUAGGAAAGGUGUCUGGGCACAUAGAUCACGUCUAUGUCAAAGCUGAGGUGAAACCGGAACAACGCCAAACUGCUCAGCGGUACGCAACUUGGCUACUUCUUUCAUCAGAUGCUGAAGUUAUGUCCGCCGGUUGUGGCUGUGUUGCAGCUGAUGAUGGUUCUUGCAAGCACACAGCUGCUCUACUAUUUGCAGUAGCUGAAUACGUAGACAGGCAGACUGACAGGGGAACUGCAGUAAGUACCGAUGAGACUUGUGUGUGGACUAAGCCCCGCAAAACAUCCAUACCAGUUAAGGUGGAAGACCUAGAUUAUCGCAGAGAUAAAACAACACCAAGGAAACCUGGUCCCCAACCUAAGAACUACAGACCACUGAGAACAGUGAACAAUACAGACAUUCUCAGGAUUCAAGAGCAUUUAAAAAGG